UGCAUAGAGGCUAGACCAUCCACUACCUGGCAGCGAAGACGCGCGGGGGCGCGGGGCAGCAUGCCGCCUGGGCUGGCCGCUGCCGUUCCCGUCCGUCGCCGGCUCUCAACCGCGGCCACCACGCCGCUGUCCAGCCUCACCGACGCGCUCCUCGCCACCCGCCUCGCAAGCCACCUUCUCACCACGCCGCACCUGCCUGCCGCGCUGCUGCCCGCGGCGCCGCUCCCGCUCCCCGUCCACCUCCACAUCCUCCGCCACCCGGCGCUCCCGCCGGCCUCCAAGCUUUCCUUCUUCCUCGCCGCCACCCCGCCCUCCUCCCCGCUCCUCGCAUCCAUCUUCCCCGUCCUCCUCCGCGCGCUCGCCGCUGGCUCCCCGCCGCUACUCGACGAGCUCCUCCCGUUUGCGCUCUCAUCCCCAUCCCCUUCCACCCUCCUUCCAUCACUCCUCUCGUCGCUCCUCUCCGCGUCGCGCCUCGACGCCGCGCUGUCCCUCUUGGACGCCGCGCCACCCGACCUCCUCCCCCGCCUUGCCGCCGCCGCUCUCCCUUCCCUCAUUGCCUCCCCCGACCUCAUCGCCGCCGUCCCUGCCAUCCGCAGGCUGCUUCCCAUCGCCUCCCAACCACCGCCCGUACGGGUCACGAACCGCCUCCUCCUUGCCUUGUCGAAGGAGAAUCUCUGUGAUGACUUCCGUCAUGUGUUCGACGAAAUGUCGAGGAGGGGCCUCCCUUCGAAUGCAAGGUUCUACAACAUUUGCAUCCACGCAUUUGGCAAGUGGAGGCAGCUAGAUAUGUCCUUGAGGCUUUUUGCGGCAAUGAAGGCUGCUACUACUCCUGUUGUGCCGGACAUAUGCACGUAUAAUUCAGUCAUUCGGGCUCUUGUGGUUGGUGGGCGGGUUACUGAUGCCUUGGUGACAUUUGAUGAAUUGAAGUCUUCUGGAAUUGAGCCAGAUGUAUUCACUUACCGGGCUGUCAUGAAUGGAUGCUGCAAGAGUUUUCGGAUGGAUGAAGCGUUGCGCGUGUUUCAGGAGAUGAGGGGUCGCAGUGGGGUGGGUGAUGUGGUGGUGUACAAUUCUCUUCUCGAUGGGCUGUUCAAAGCUAAGAAGCUUGAUGAGGCAUGUGGAUUUUUCGAGACAAUGGUGGCAGAUGGAAUCCAAUGCUCGGCAAGCACACACAACACUGUGAUUGAUGGGCUGUUCAAGAAUGGGAGGGCAGAAGCAGCAUGUCGGCUGUUUUAUGAGCUAAGAAGGAAAGGGCAACUGUUGGAUGGAAUUGCUUAUAGUAUCAUGGUGAGGGAGUUCUGCAAGGAGGGGGUGGGGGACCAAGUUGCAGAGGCUGUAGAGUUGGUAAAGGAGAUGGAGCAGCGGGGCUUCAUUGUUGAUUUGGUUACCAUAACAUCAUUGCUGAUAGGUUUUAACAAGAGUAAACGUUGGGACUUGGAAGAACAAAUAGUAAAGUUUAUACGGGAUGGCUCUGUAUUGCCAGAUGCCAUUAGGUGGAAAUCAAACAUGAUGGUUGCCUUGAGAGGGCCUCAGGACAGAGGGAAAGAUGGGACGCCAAUGUUUUCCUUUGAUGGUAAUAUGGAUGAUGUGAUGAAUUUGGUCAAUCCUGUGGGACAUACAGUUACUGAUGAAGAAACCCCAAAUAAUGAUCUUAAGGAUGAUUGGUCAGUGUCACCACACUUGGAUAAUCUUGCUAAACAUGCUGACAGAUUGAAUAGCUCUGCUGUAUUUACAAUGCACAGAGGGCAGAGGGUGCAAGGUAUGGGGGCCAAAACGUUUGAUGCUGACAUGAUCAAUACUUACUUGUCAAUAUUUUUAGCCAAGGGGAAGUUGAGUGUUGCUUGCAAAUUAUUUGAGAUCUUUACAAAUCUAGGGAACAAAGGGACAAGUUAUACGUACAAUUCAUUGAUGACCUCAUUCGUCAAGAAAGGUUAUUUGAAACAGGUGUGGGCAAUUCUUCAUGAGAGGGGUGGGCAGCUCUGCCCUAAUGAUGUAGCGACAUAUAAUCUGAUCAUUCAAGGUCUUGGCCAGAUGGGGAAAACAGAGGUUGCCAGCACAAUUAUUGACCGUUUGUCAAAGAAAGGUGUUUACAUGGACAUUGUCAUGUAUAACACUCUGAUCAAUCAGUUGGGAAAGGUUGGGAAGGUUGAAGAAGCAGGCUCCUUGUUUGAUCAGAUAAUCAGAAGCGGCAUGAAGCCAGAUGUUGUCACUUUUAAUACUUUGAUCAAUAUAAAUGCAAAAGCUGGUAGACUAAAGGAAGCUGACAAGUAUUUAAGGAGGAUGAUCACAGAAGGCAUUGCACCAAACCACGCCACAGAAACAAUAUUGAUUUUCCUUGAUAAGGAAAUUGAAAAGAAAAGGCAGCACAAAUGAACUAGGAAAACAAUACAAACGAAAACAGCAUCAUCAACUCUAUUACUUGUAUUAACCAUUCCAAGGCAUGUCCUUGUUUAUCCAAACUGAAAAGCUGCAGUGAAAUCAUUAUUACUGUAAAGCUGAAUAUUCAGCAAUAAGCAAUUAGAGUGAUGAUCACUUUCGGUAAGCUCACAGACAUUUCUGCUUUAUCCAUAUAGGAAGAUGCUCUGUGUAUUGUUGGUUUAGAGAUGUUGCUGUGGGUUCCUGUAAACACUGUCAGACAAUUAGGCAGCCUGUUGACCACAGGGCACAUUUAAUCCUGCAAGCUGCAUCAAUUUCAUUGAAUGGGAUCUUCCAGUGCCAUAUCACACAUCCAGAGUCGAUCUGAGAUGCUAUUAGACAAAACAAGCGUGCUUUGGCUGAAAUACAGAUUGAUGGUGCUCCAGCUCCCAUUCCACAAAAGCAGAAAACAUCAAAGGUAGAGAGAGGCGUGCAAUUCAGGAGGCUCAACGUGCUGCUAAAGUUGCUGCGAAGGACGCAGGUAAACCAGGAAAAUCUACUGGUGCUGGUUCUGCGGCUGAUUCUGCAAUGUCCAAGCAAGCAAAGCCAGCAAAAUCUGCUCAGAAGAAACAUAUGCCCUAACCUGCAAGCACAAUUACUUCUGAGAAGAAGUCUACUGAACGUCUUCCAGAAAGAGACAGAAAGCUAGAUGCUCCUCAUCCCUGCAUGCAUUUUGAUGACGGGCAUAAAGUGGAGAAAGCAAGCCCCCUCCCCCGGCAGUAGUCAACCAAUCAGAGGUUCGAAACAGAGUUGAAUUGUUUAGGCAUCAUCAGUAUGUGCAUGGCAGAUGGCACUCAGCUUCCUGACCUCGAGGCAAAAUUCUUUCUAGAGCCAAUGCAUCCUUCUGUGUACAAGUUCAGGCUUUGUUGAGAGAACUACCACCCUAUAGUAGACCAGACAUGAGCAAUGUCCAUGCCAUGAACUGACAUUGAUGCUGACAUCAUUCCACUCAAGUUUCUCUCAGCACAGAUUGAUGUUGGCCAUUUUCUGGAUGGUACUUGGUAUGCCCUUGCUUUACUUUUUGUCUAAUAUUUUGAUACAGAAUAAGUUGUUUUUGCUUUUUGGUUGGUUGGUUAUGGUUGUUUGAUUUGGGGACAGGAAGUUCAUGGCUAUACUUCAAUAAGGUGAUUAUUCAUUUAUUACUCUUUCCUUUAAGGGGCCCAUUCAUUCCUAUAUUGAAGCCAUUAACAAAAGAUGCAUCUUUUCAGAAAUAGCAAUUCUAGCUAGGGGAAAUCUAUGAGAAUUACAUCGAACACAACAUUAUUUCUCAGCUUUACUCUGUUCGUUUUGUUGUAUAAUCAUGAUGAUAUCUAUCACAUGAUUAUGUCCCUAUGAUACUUAAGUGGCUGUGUUCUAUGCCAAGGGGUCCCUAGUUGAGUUAGUUAGGAGGCUCUGAUAGCUCUCCUCAGGUCCUGGGUUUGAAUUCCCGUGGGAUUGAAUUUCAGGAUGUGGUUAAAAAAAAUCCCUUCGUCUGUCCCACACCAAAUCAUAGGUCUAAGGAUCGGCCUAGGUCGUUGGUCGUCUCACAUGUGUAUGAAGUUUACUGUCAUAAUGAAUUUGGCAAGCAAAAUUUGUUAGAGCUUUGGUCCAUAUUGUGACACCAUUUCUUCAUUCAUAAUAAGCACAGAUAGAUACUAUUAACUGGAAAGCUUAGAUUAUGGACAUUGUGUACUUCCAUAUGGAGCUUAGUUUUGGUCCAUAUGAAGAUUUUGGGACUGAACAUUUUGUGCUUUCUCAAUGAUCUAGACUAGGAGAAUUGCUAUCAUCUGGUUUUUAGCUUUGUAUUAUGAGUUGGAGAACUGAUUGAGAAAUUGCCAUUGAUCACAUGUGGAAUACUUCUAGCUGGGUACAUGCAUAGAAGCCAGGACAUGUUCCCUGUGCAUUACUGAAUUACUGGACAAUUUGUCAUGACGUUACGUUACACUGAUUUUGUUCUCACACUAUAUCAUGCAUCAUUAUCCAAAGGAAUCACGUAACUAUUGCUGGUAGUUUUCUUUAAUUCCUUUAAAAAUUGUUUCUAAGAUAUAUGUUUUGAACUACAGGGUAUACCUCAUGACAGCCGUGCUACAUGGUUUGAUGAUUUGUUAUCUAUAGAUAGCAUAGAGUCGGUAGAGUAUAGAGAACCACACUGGAUCUGGUUUAGUAUAUUGUUACUGUGCCUACAAAACAUCUCCUUAUUUUAAAACAGUUUUGGAUCAUAUACAUAGUUAAAUACCGAAAGAGACUCGUGCUUUGAGCCAA